GGAAAAUUAAAGAUCAUAAAAGAUGGUAGAGGUAGACCCAGUUUUUGUGCAAGCAGCAGAACACAGACCAAAAGCUUCAAUAACCAUAGCCGAAGGAAUCCCUUUAAUUGAUCUGUCUCCCAUAAACUACCAAGAUGAUGAAGAAGCCACAAGAUUGAAAUCAUCAUCACCAGUUUGGAAUAUUAUUGAAGAAAUAGGGAGAGCAUGCAAAGAAUGGGGUUUCUUUCAGGUGAUCAAUCACAAGGUACCUUUAGAGAAGAGGCAGAGGAUUGAAGAUGCUGCGAAGAAGUUCUUUGGUCUUAGUUUGGAGGAGAAGCUGAAGGUUAGAAGGGAUGAUAGGAACGUGCUUGGUUACUUUGAAGCAGAGCAUACCAAGAACGUUAGGGAUUGGAAGGAGAUUUAUGAUUUCAAUGUUCAACAACCUACUUUCAUUCCACCAUCUCAUGAUCAUCAUCAUGAUGACAUAAAUAUUCAGUUUCAUUGGGAUAAUCGUUGGCCUCUCAAUCCUCCUCACUUUAGAGAAGCAUGCGAAGACUAUGCAGAAGAAGUGGAGAAACUAGCCUAUAAGCUGAUGGAACUGAUUGCACUGAGCUUAGGGUUAGCACCAAAUAGGUUCCGUGGCUUCUUCAAACACAACACAAGUAAUAUCAGACUGAAUCAUUAUCCACCUUGCCCUUACCCUCAUUUGGCACUUGGUCUUGGGCGCCACAAGGACACUGGAGUGUUAACUGUGCUUAAUCAAGAUGAUGUUGGUGGUCUUCAAGUUAGACGAAAAUCUGAUGGAGAGUGGAUCACAGUCAAACCCAUUUCCAAUUCUUUCAUCAUCAAUGUUGGUGAUAUGAUUCAGGUUUGGAGCAAUGAUGCAUAUGAAAGUGUAGAGCACAGGGUGAUGGUAAACUCAGAGAGAGACAGGUUUUCCAUUCCAUUCUUCUUGAAGCCAGCAUUGUACACUGAUGUGGAACCUCUACAAGAGUUGAUAAACGACAUGAACCCUCCAAAGUAUAAAGCAAUCAACUGGGGCAAGUUCCGCAUUGCAAGAAUGAGAAGUAAUUUUACUAAGUCCAAUGUUGAAAAUCUCCAAAUUUAUCACUUCAAGUUGUCCCCGUAACUUAGUCUCAACUUCAUAUUUCACUACAACAAUAUAGUAGUAGAAGCAUAUACAGGUGCUGAGUAAAAAUACCAAAGGAUAAGAGAUGGAAGUGUUGUAAUUUGAUGCAGAUUUGGUGGUGUUAGCCUAUAAAUAAUGAAAUUAAAAAAAAAAGUUUGAAGGUAUAGAAUCUGUUAGAAGGGUAAC